AUUUCCCUAUGCAGAAAGAAUCAGGGACCCAUUAUUUCCCUUCUCCUCCUGCAUGAGACAAGUGCUCUGCACUGAACAAAUUGAAGGCCAGUUCUUCCUGUGUUACCCUGCCUGAUCUCUGCUUUUCACAGAAAGGCUUCUGUUAUGUUCCUCCUUUCCUAGCUGGUAGAAGUGCAGGAACUCUGCUGGUUUGUAUCUAGCUGGAGUUCCUGCAAACUGGAUUGAUUAUAGGAGGAAUGGGGCUCAAGAGAGGAGAGGAGGCAUCACCCAAAAGCCUGUGAGUUGUAGGGACAAGUCUGGGGGGCCACAGGAAACCUGGCAUACAAUAUAGGUGGUUCUUUUUUGCCUAAACCUAGUGGCAUUGCAUUAGGCAGGACAAAACGUAAAGUCAUAUUCUGUAAUGAGUUUGGAUCAAAUAAAGAGCAUAGGUAGCGGCUGACCUGUUGAAACAUUUCGUUCUCUCUUGCUUCUAGCACAGACCAAAACAGCAAUAUUUUAAAGAGAAUUUAGGUGGUUAAUUUACCUGUUUUGUAAGAAAUGUGAUUUUCUAAGUUUAAUUAGAUGCAUUAAGUCUUCGUUGUAGUGUAUGUCACAUUCCCCUGCCCCAUUCUUUCUUACUCAUCUUGAUUCCCAUACACUGAGUUUCCUCAAGGCUAUAGUUUCUAAGAAUUGCUAUGAGAAAAAUGCUCAUGUAACUUCUUUCUGUCCACUUUUUAUUUUUCAGGAUAUAUGGAAAAAAAUCCUUAGGACUGUUGAAAAUGUUACGAGUGACAUGAAUUGUAAUUCUGCUGAAGUAACUCCAGAUGGAUGCUGCCCAGCCUGUAAAAAGAUGGGUUUGAUGCAACAUAUAAGAAAAUACCACAUCAAUUUUGAAGAAUCUAUUUUCCUAUGUGAAAAUCCACAGUGCAUUUACCCCCUAGGGUCUGCACCACUAAGCACUAUUAUAAUUCCCGGGGUUGCAAAAGGUCAUCCAUCUCAGGGCACUUGUGGGAAAAGAAAGUUACUUGACAGAAACCUAUGGACCUCUCCUAUUGAACCAUGCUUAAAAUUGACUAGGACUGAUGACUUGAUGGACACUGAGCAGACAGUGAGAUCUGAUCUUACUCCCAUCUGCAGUGGAAAUAAUCUAAUUAGGACUUGGUCAGAGCAAUCUGAUUUUUCACAAGCCAAGCAGCCAACUUCUUCUGAUGCAGCUGAAUCCAUCAACCAGAAAAUGGGCUUGGAUGCUCAGGAAAAUUCACCAGAAGCGCUCAAUGUGCAAACCCAACUAUUGUCAGACUCUGAAACAGGUUCAUCAGCGUCUCAGGAUCUGCAACAAAGCAAAUCAUCUCUGCGAGAGCCUUUGUGGCUUCAGUGGAGAAAUACACAUGCUCUCUGCUGGUUAGAUUGCAUUCUGUCAACACUGGUACAUUUGGAAACACUAAGAAUAAUUCUGACUGGAGUCUCCAAAAACACUUCAGUAAUCCAGAGACUGCUCACAAAAUAUAACCAAGCUGCCGUACUUGUGAACACUUGCCAAAGGGAUGAACUUGCUUCAGAAGUUCCUUUGGAUGUUUUGUCAAGAGCUGAAUCCCAUCUAAAUGAAAUCAGGGAUUUCAUAUUUGUCCAACUUCAGCCAUUGCUUAAGUGUAAAUUUGGGGAGGAGGAAAGCCCAGUUUUUGCUUUUCCUUUACUUCUGCGGAAAGAUCAUCAAAUAGAGAACCUCUUUGUCCAUUCUUUCUCCUGGAAGUUUGAAUGUUUGCAGUGUGGCUACCACAUCAGCAACUGGUGUCAGCAGACAAUGACGACAUUUACAAAUAUAAUCCCAGAGUGGCACCCACUGAAUGCUGUUCAUCUUGCUCCCUGUAAUAAGUGUAAUCACACAUCUCAAAGAAGAAAAAUGGUUUUAGAAAAGAUCUCCUCAGUUUUGAUGAUGCAUUUUGUUGAAGGCUUGCCACAUAACGAUUUGAUGGCCUACUCAUUUCAGUUUCAAGAAUAUUCAUACCAAAUAACAGCUGUGGUUCAAUAUCAGGAGAAGGCAAAGCACUUCAUAACAUGGAUCUUGACUUCAGAUGGAAUGUGGCUUGAAUGUGAUGACUUAAAAGGUUCAUACUCCAGAAGACAUGAUAGCUUUGGGGUUCCUUCUGCAGAAGUACACAUUGUCAUUUGGGAAAGAAAGCCACCACAAACCACCAAUUAUCUGGAUUUGCAGCUACAAGGUGAAGAAGCAAUGAAUGUUUCUUCUAUGACAGCACAAUCAGAAACUCCAAUUAAAUCCUCUAAUGAUGAAACUGCAGACAGCGCACCUUCAACUUGUCACAAAGCAGUUGACAUGCUGAACACACAUACAGAGGAAAUUGAAAACUUAGUUAGCAAUCAGAAAAACAAUUUGCUUCAGGGCUUGGAAAACCUGUCUGAUGAUGAUGUUAUAACACUGAAUCUUGUUAGCAUCCCACUUGACUCAGGUGGGCAGCCACCAGAAGGCAGACAUAUUGUAGAAAAUAAGCAGAUAAUCACAACAGACCCGCAGCAGUUGCAAGAGUCAGAUCAGAAAGGUGUGUGUUCACUUACUUCUGAAGGAGAUGUUCAAAAAGAGAGAGCAGUGGUAGGGAAUACCAGUGCUCCCAUGCAUCAAGGACAGCCAUCUGAUGCAAGUAAUUUAGUUACUAUGCCAUCAGUUAUUUUAAGUAAUGGCAAAAUAAAUUUCUCAUCAGAAGUAUCACUACCCCAAAGGACAGCAUCUGCAGUCACCUUAGUUCCAGUAGAAGAGAGCAGCAGUUGCCACCCAAAGAAUCCUCAGAAAAAAAUCAGCAAAACAAAAUUGGGAAACACUGUGCUGGGAAUGUCUAAUGUUGUAGAGUCCAGUCAAGUAAUAGCAAUAAAUUCUCACAUUUCUGCUCCAUCUCCCCAAAGUCCUACCUUUCAGUCACCCAGUACAAAUGGAAUUAAAUCAUCUGUAGCCAGUUGGGUAAAUGGCUUACUUGGAAAAUAUCCUUCCUUUAUGCCUAAAAGUGUGUUAGUUCCUAAUAAAGCAAAAAACUCUAAAAAAGUAAUGCCAAAAGAAAUGAAUUCCAGUUCACUCGUUAGGCAUGCAGGCCAUUUCUCUGGAUUCCAAGCUAAAUCUUCAGAAAAAUGUAAGGUUGCAGCAUUGGAUUCUUCAUGUGGAGCCCUGCCAACAUCAUCCCUGACCACCUUUUCUGUUGCAAACGUCCCUAUCAAAAAUCACGUCACUGAUGGCAAUGAUAAAGCUGUAACUAAAAGAGCAGCUUCACUGGGUGCUUUUACUGAACAAGAUAAGCUGAAAAAAGCCCACAAUGAAAAUCAAAACCCUACAUCUGUUGAAAAUACAGAGCCAUUUAUUGAUAAAACUCAUCAACUACGCUUAACACUUUUACAGCAGCUUAACGCUAAAAAAGAGAAGUUAGCUUCCCUAGAUAAACUGGUAAAAGCUAAGAAGAGAUACAGAAACUCUUCCAAGAAAACUACCAAGGACCAGACAGAACUUGGAUCCCAAAAGCAGACUGAACCCUUGCAGACAAGCUUGUUAAAUGCCCAGCAAAUGCAGACUGAUGUUUGGGAUAGUAAAUCUGCUAAUUCUCCAAGCACUGAUAUGUCACAGUGCAGCAGUUCACAUUAUGAUGAUAUUUUAUCUGAGCUGCUGUUGUCUCCAGCUACAACUGUUGGUUCUUUAGAAGCUCCACAGGAGGAAGAAUGUAGAUAUUUGGAAAUGGGAGAUGGCAGUUCAGACACGCCAAUAUGUACUGACCAAAACGCUGAUUUGCAGGUCACAGAUACUGACCUUAGUUACUUCAGUCCUCUAAAAGAAAAUGGAUUUGAAGGCCAUAGAGACCUGUUAGCAAUCAAAUCACCUCUGAAGAAAUUCAGUUUUGAAAGUUCUGCAAAGCAGGAUCUUCUGGAUGAUCUGUUUUCAUGUUCAAUAUUAAAUUCAGUAAUGACUGAUACUGAAGAUUUGCAUCAAUUUGAUGAAUCGUUGUUAGCUUGGUGAAUUGUGUUUUAACAAUUUCAGUAUUUUCUUUUGGUUGACUUCAAAGCAGGGUGUAAUUUAAAUUCAACCUAAUUUGCACAUGGUUCUACUUUACAUACUUAAAGUAAAAAAUUUUUACUAUUGCUGUUAAUAAAUUGGGUUUGUUUUUCUGCCUCAAAACAACUAUUGUUUUGGAAGAGAUGAGACUAAUUCUUGUGUAAAAUGGUGGUGACAAAAUUUUGAAACUUUAAAAGCCAUUGAAGUGGAGUAGUAUUCACCUAAGAUCUCUCAUAUCUGUGGCUGAGCUUAAAAAACCUUGCAAGCAUCUCUAAAACUGUAUAAUACCAGAUUUCAUGGUAAUUUCAUUUCUGGUAAACCUCCCUUUUCAGAAAUAUGCCUGUAGGCUAAGCUAAAAGAAGCCAUUUUAUUUCCAUUAUUUUCUGUUCCAAGGAAAUGCCUAUCUAAAAUGAUGGUCUUUGUAACAAUGUGAAUGUUAAUACACA